GCAGCCAUCGGCAACCGACCACCUCGCUCUCCCCCGCCCUCACCGACGCCGUCCUCCUCCUCUCCCGUCCAGCAGGCACAGCGACAACGACAGCCUGUGCCUGCUUCUAGCGCGCCACACGCAGGCGAGGGACGCAAGGAACGGACGGUCCAGCGAGGGACGCCAUUGGCUCCUCGUUGAAACGCAUUCCCAUUGGCCUGGCCGAAAUGGGAAGUGGCUGAGAUGCUGGAUCGCUCUGGAUCGUUGGUGGGCUCCCAAGCUGAUUGGCCCGCGCUGAACAGUGGCCUGGACGCGGGCACUGGUCCUUGUUCAUGUCACGACGAGAGCGUUGGUCGAGACUCCUCCGUUCGCACAUAUAUCCCACAGGUGCGUCCGCCCUCGUCCUUCCCAUCUUUCCCCUCUCCUCUCCUCCCUCUCGAUACGCAUCCACUUGCAUCCUCCUCGACGCAAAGUCCGAGAGUUAACCACAAUGACCAUCAAAUUCGAACAGUCUGCUUCGUCCAGUGCCCUCCCAACCCCGCCACACUCGCCUCCCUCCCAACACCCGCCUUUCUUUGCCCUUGGCGCUAACCAUCAGCUGGUCCCCCACCAGUCGCACGUCCACCACCUGCACCACAACCAGCCACACCCGCACCACAAGCACACUGCCACCCUCCUCGACUCCCUCACGUCAUUCUACCAGCAGGAGCAGUACUGGGUGCACCACACGCGCGCAGCCCUCGAGCUCGCGCUGGCCAAGGGCAUCGACGGCCCCGGCGUGCAGCCCCUCACGGGCUCGUCCAUCUCGAACGCCUCCUCCUGCGACGUCUCGCCCGCGGGCUCCGACGUCUCCUGCACCAGCGUGCGGAUCAAGGCCGAGCCAGAGUCCGAGAACGCCGCCGCCAUGCUCGCGUCGCCCGCCUUGUCGACGUCAUCGCUCCUCGCGUCGCCCACCCUCGCCUCCGCCGAGGCGGACGCCGCGCACCAGCAGGCGGCCUCGCGCUGGCUGCGCCGCAAGAACCAGAUGCGGCUCCGCCUCGAAGGCAUUUCCACGAACAAACGCCGGCGCCCCGCGCGUGCCCCGCCCACCGAGCCCGCGGCGCGCCUCCUCGAGAUGUUCGCCGAGCUCGUCGACGCGCGCAUGGAGAGCUGCGUGCGCAUGGAGAAGCUCGUCCGCGACAGCGGCCGCGGCUGUGCCGUGUGCUAGGCGGCAGUGUCGCCGGACGUGGCUGUGGAUUGGCUGAUGACUUGAGGAUGGUCAGUUGCAAUCUCCGCCUUGUUGUUUCGCACAGGUCGCUGAUACUUCUUUUCACACAGGAUCGAAAGUCGUUCUGAGUUGUGUCUCCCCACCAUACAUACCCAUCUUUACCGGUGGACGGACACUGGACCCUUCACCGUGCACACCCUGCAGUACAACACUGAAUAUUGCAAAUGUGGUACUGGAGAACACUUUGGCGCUUGCACUGCCGGCGCUCGCACUAGCAAGUAUGCCCGCGGCGCGUCGAGACUGGGAUGGAUGGGGCGAGGACGAGAGAGCACGAGGGCCCGGCAAAUAGAUGUUGACAAUGGAACUGAAAUCUUUUCCUGUUUUGAUACCAUUUUGUAUUUGUAUCAACUUGCAUUAUUUAUCGCAUCGCUUUCGAGAUUUCUGCAUAUCCUGCUGUGCCCUACGGAUGUCCGAGGAAGCCUUUGUCGGACAGCCACCCCGAAUGCA